CAAAGCGUCUGCGUGAACGUUCAGUGGUUUCAGUCUGUGAUGAUGAGGAUGAACGUCUACAUGUGUCUGUCAGCCUUCAUCCUGAGCUGCAGAGUCUGUGCAGAGAUGGUUCAUAUGGCUGUAAUGGAGAUGAACUCAGUGUCUUUACCUUGUUCUUACAUCAUGGACAACAGAAUGACCUGGACUAAAAAGGUUGAUGGGCGGUUCGAUUUUCUAUUUUCAGUCAUUGGUGACGAAGAACGAAGAGAAAAUGACCCAGAGGAACGAUUUAGUUCAGUGGGAUAUAAUUCACUGCACAUUAACAGAGUUUAUUUAUCAGACAGUGGAAAAUAUCUGUGUAACAACCAUUGGUCAGUGGAGCUGACGGUGAUCCCAACAGGAACCUUCAUCCAACAUGCUAGAGAAGGGACCAGUGUCACUCUGACAUGUCCUCAUGUUACUGGUUCAGAUGAUCUAAUAUGGAGAAGACAGUCUGAUGGAUGGAGUGCACAUUCUGGUCUGACUCUGACUCUGCCAGAACUUAAACCGACUUAUUCUGGACUGUUCAGCUGUGAUGGAAAACCUGCUGUGUAUCUGAAUGUGACCACAGGUGAUGAUGAAGCACCGCCCACAACAACAGACACAAAAACGACAAGUACGUCUGCAACAACAGCAACAACACAGAAGAAAACUACAUCCAAGACAAACAACAGCAAAAAGGGCACGAAACCAGAGAAAAAAGAUAAAGGUCUCUGGAUCACCAGCAUACUUAUUAGGCGGGGGAAUAUCUGGUUCGUCAGGGGGCUGAACAGACGGAACAAGGGCCACAGGUUCGACUGGCUGGGAGGAGGAGAAAACCCGGGUACAGGAGACAAAAAGACUAAACCUACGAAAAAACCUAAAGUACAACCAACAACAACAACUGCUUCAAUGAUGCUGACCAAAGGAGCUGCAUCUGAACUACAGCUUUUGAGUUUGAUCAUUGGGAUACCUGUCCUCUGCCUCCUCCUCCUCCUCCUCCUCCUCCUCUUCAUCGUCUGCCUUAUUUCUAGACACAGGUUGAAAAGACGAGUGGUUACAGAAUCCCACCCUGUUUAUGAGGAAAUCCAGGGUCAGGUGGAGUUUCAGGCCAUCAGCGGGGUUGGUUCCUCUGAAAUGACAGCAGCGUACAAGAGGAAACCCAGUCCAGAUGUUCAAAUCCUUGACCACACAUAUUCCAUGAUUACGUUUCCAUCAAACAGCAGCGGUCAAAUUCCACAUGUGGAGUCUCCGUAUUCUCUGAUCGGUGACCCUGUUCUCUGUGGAAAUAACAACGGUUUGUCACAGCUGACAGAUACAUAUGAAAGAAUCCUAGAGUAACAACAAAAAAUGAAUUUUAAUAUAAUCAUGAUUUUUACAGUUCUGUCAGAAAAAAUAAAAAAAACAUCUGUUGUUUUGUGUUUUCUGUGGUAUUUGUUGCUUUUAUUUGCAGUAGAUUUUCUGUGUAGAGUAAAUAUCAGCUCUAAGGCUCAGGGUUUAUUCAGUAUUUUAAUAAUAAUCAUAAAGCACUUUGUAUUUUUAUUUAUAACACAAAAUGCUUUGGGCUAAUUCUUAGAAAUACAUUCAGGAUUUCUCUGCUUUUCUUCAAUAAUAAACAUGUACAUAACAUCA